GUGUGUGUGCGGAUCUCUCACACACUGUCAGAUGCCAGAGGCUGCGGUUGUGCAUGCAGGUCUGUGCGGUGACACACGGAUGAGAGGCGCUGUGUGUGUGCGAGCCGUUCUGGAGGGAGAGCGAGACGGCUGCCGUAUCCCUGAGCACGAGGAUGGGCUGCAAUCUGUGUAGUUUACAGAAGAGAGAGGAGCAUUACAAACUACUGUACGAGAUCUCACAGGUGAACGGGAGGGAUCUGUCGAGAGCCAGUCAUGAGGAGGCGGCGGAGGCUUUACGCAGCGCUAAAGACCCCAUCGUGGUGCAGGUGCUCCGGCGGACCCCUCGGCCCCGGGGUCAAGGGUCAGCGCAGGACGUCCAGCUGGUGGACGUGUGCACACAGACGGAGAUCACCUUCGAGCACAUCAUGGCUUUGGCCAAACUGCGUCCCGCCACGCCGCCGGUGCCGGACAUCUGCCCCUUCCUCCUGUCCGACAGCUGUCUCUCUCUGCACACGAUGGAUCAGGAAUACUUGGAGGGCAGCGAGUAUCUCUCCAACAUGGCAGCGGACGCCGAGAGGACCGAUGACUUUGAGUACGAGGAGGUUGAGCUGCGUCGACUGAGCUGUCAGGAGAAGCUGGGGCUCACGCUGUGCUACAGGACAGACGAGGACGAGGACAUCUACGUCAGCGAGAUCGAGCUGAACAGCAUCGCUGCGCGAGACGGUCGAAUCCGAGAAGGAGACCGUAUUUUACAGAUAAAUGGGCGGGACGUUCAGGACAGACAGGAAGCGGUGGCGGUUCUCUCGAAUGAAGAAUGCAGGAAUAUUGUGCUGCUGGUCGCAAGGCCGGAAAUACAGGAUGAGCCGUGGCUGGAUGACGAGCACAGCGAAUACUUAGAGGAGCUGAAGAUGGAGAUGCUGGAGGAGGAGGAGGAGGAGAUGAAGAGAGCGACUCGAGAGGAAGACCAGAAGGCCAGAGCAACUCAAGAAGAAAGCAUCACGGCGUCCUGCUCCUACAGUCAGGACCCAGAGAGGAGCGUCCUUGCUCAGAUCCAGAAGCAGCUGUCGCAGUGCGUGUCGGGCCGGAGCUCAGCGGACGGAGCGGAGAAGCUGCUGGAGCUGAAGUGUCAGAUCCGCAGCGGCGGCGAGUACGACCUGUUCUACGCACGCAGCAGCAUCCAGUGCAGCGGUGUGGAGCGCGAGCUGCGGAUGCUGAACGAGGAGCUGCGCAGCAUCCAGCUGGAGUGCCAGAGCAUCAUGAAGGUGCAUCAGCUGGGAUCCCGCGAGCGUCCCGAGAAGUCAGACAAGGACAGCUCGAGCGCGUAUAACACGGCCGAGAGCUCGCGCAGCACGCCGCUCGCCGCAGAUCGCUCUCCGGAGCACCGCAGGGUCAGCCUGACCAACCGCAGGAACCUGCUAGCGCUCCGACGGGCCCCAAGCGGCAGCCCCGACCACAGCAACCCAUCCGAGUCCGAGCAGACGCCGCCCGAGGGCCCACAGCGCCAGAGCUGCAUGCAGCUGAUCCAGCAGCAGACGGCGCUGGAGUUCGUCAGCCGGCCUUCUGAACCCAAGAUGGAGUGGAAGGUGAAGGUCCGGAGCGACGGAACCAGCUGCCGCUGCUGGGAGCGAGCGCUCAAGAUCAAGGAGGAGCGCAGCGGCGGCAUGACGACUGAUGACGAUGCCAUGAGCGAGAUGAAGAUGGGACGCUACUGGAGCAAGGAGCAGCGCAAGCAGCACCUCCUGCGGGCCAAGGAGCAGCGGCGGCGGCGCGAGUUCAUGCAGCGGAGCCGGCUGGAGAGUCUGCGGGAGAAUCCACUCAGCAGCGGAGAGGGACGCUCGGAGCCCAGCAUCAUCGAGCUCAGCCACCGCAAGAUGAUGAAGAAGAGGAACAAGAAGAUCCUGGACAACUGGAUGACCAUUCAGGAGCUGAUGACACACGGAGAGAAAGCGCCUGAGGGAUCCGCAGUCCACAACGCCUUUCUGUCUGUCACUACUGUAUAGAUUCACACGCCACUUCUCAAACUUUACCCCAUGCGGUACGAUCAACUUUUGCCUCGUUCAAUGCGGCGAUUUUUAUGAGAAAAGCCCGGAAUAUUUUUCACUUUGUUAAUGUUUUCUAAGCAACUCAAUGAUAUUCACUGCAUUUUUUAUGCUUUUUUUGUUACCGGAAUAUUUCAACUAAGGUACAUAAAGGUAUAUUUCACUCAAACAUUACAGUUAUGUCAUAAUUCACUUUCAGUCCAAACCUUUAUGACUUUCUACAGAGUCUCUAAAAGGACAUGGUGAUGGAAAAAUAUGACAUGGGAGAAAAAAUGAUUUCUGUGUUUUUGAGUGUGCUAGCAAUAGUUUGACAUUC